UAAUGUAGUCUCACGCUGGUUCUAUACAUAGCUUGACUUGUCCCGGGUUUGAAAGUACUUUGUUUCAUUUAUUCGUUCUACCUUGUUUGAUUUUGGUAAACAAUACCUAUAUCCUUACUUGUGGUUUGUGCAGUGCGGUAAUUAUCGCCCAAGAAAAUGGUUGCACAAGCCUUUACAGUAGAUUUGGACAAGCCUCUUGUAUUUCAGGUUGGUCAUCUAGAGGAACAGUAUCAGGACUGGGUUCACCAGCCAAUUGUUAGUAAGGAGGGCCCACGAUUUUUCGCCAAUGAUGUUUUGGAGUUCUUAACACGGACGAAAUGGUGGGCAGUUCCUCUUAUUUGGUUGCCUGUUGUUUGCUGGUGCCUGAAUCAAUCGAUCCAAAUGGGCCACACAGUUUCCGAAGUGGCGCUGAUGGUUGUGGCAGGAAUAUUUAUCUGGACACUGAUUGAAUACACGUUGCAUCGGUACCUGUUCCACAUAGAUACUAAAAGUUACUGGACAAACACAGCUCAUUAUCUUCUGCAUGGAUGCCAUCACAAGCAUCCAAUGGAUGGACUUCGGCUUGUGUUUCCACCAACUGCUGCAGCCAUCUUGUGUUAUCCGUUCUGGAGUCUAGUCAAGCUCUUUACUACUACGUCUACCACUCCUGGUGUGUUUGGAGGUGGCCUGUUGGGCUAUGUGAUCUAUGAUUGCACACACUACUACCUGCAUCAUGCCCAUCCCUCAUUCGAUCCAGCAAAACAUCUGAAGAAAUACCAUCUGAACCACCACUUCAGAAUUCAAAACAAGGGCUUUGGAAUAACAUCAACCCUUUGGGAUCAUGUGUUUGGAACACUGCCUUCAACGAAAACCGCUGACAAGAGCACUUGAGUACCACCAUGUGUCAUCUUGCAAUGCCAAAUAUCGAGAUUCUCCAUCGCUAAUGACAGUUUCAACGGAGGAACUACUGUUCAGUUACCGAUUCUUUGCUGCAGACCAAUUUAAUUGGAGAUCUAAGAUAGAUGUCACCUAAGUGCUUAUCCAGACUUGCAGUCCAGUGUUACCAGUCGUUGGUCGUCCAGAUUAUGUCUCGUGUGAUUCUUGUUAGACCACCUAUGUGUACAGAGUUUGUCUAGUGUAGCACCAGCAUUAAUUUGUGGCUGUUGGUAGCCAGUAUAAUUUUGGAACAUAGUAAUUGUUUUCUUGAUAUAUAUUGUAAGUUUCCGGUUUUCCUGUUGAAUGAA